AUGGAAGAUGAUCGCACUGAAAAAUGCUUAUGCCUUGAUGAGCCGGCGACGCUUUGCAUAUGCUGCUGCUUUCUUUUGUUAGGUGACAGUUUGCAAGAUGCAGUCAACGUUUGUAUCGAGCAACUCGGCGAUAUCCAACUCGCAAUAGCGGUAGCUAGGGUUUACGGUGGAGACGAAAGCCUAGUUUUCCAAAAACUAUUAGAAAAUGAAAUUCUCCCGCAAGCUGCUCGAGAAGGCGACCGGUGGCUGGCAUCAUGGGCAUUUUGGAUGCUUGGCCGGAGGGAUAUGGCGGUGCGCGCAUUGAUUACUCCUGUUUACCACCUCCUCGGUAACUUUCAGAUACCCGACAUCCAGUCUCAAAUUUUCUUGACGGACGACCCAGCGCUUGUGGUUAUGUAUUCUCACCUACGACAACAGACAUUGCAAACACUCCAUGGUGCCUCGCAAGUCUCUCCUCGUACUGAGUGGGAAUUUGUGCUUCAUAGCGCCAGGAUAUAUGACCGUAUGGGUUGUGACCUUCUUGGCCUAGAUCUUGUUCGGAAUUGGCAUUUCCUACGUCAUUCAAGCGGUCUGUCUGCAAUUUUGGAAAAGAGCGCUAGCCCCUCUGCCCUCCUUAGACGGAGAAGUUCUGUUGUCAUCGCCGAUAUGACUCUAGGGAGCGGGCGGCAGAAUAAGCCCCAAGCCCCAGAGACCACGGACGACACGCAUAAAACACAAUUAAGUCACAGAGAAGAGCCAGACGUCAACUCCUUCCUUGACUCCUUCGGGUUUUAG